AUGGUCCAGUUUAGUGAAUUACCUUCUAUUAGAUGGUUAGAUGUGGGAGAUCAACAAGGAUUAGUGAAUCUUGUCAAGGAAGCGACCACAUCCUUCGACCCCAAUGAUUUGGGUAAUAUAUCUAGAGAUGUCACGUUCGAGUUGCUACUACCUGUUUCAAUUCCUGAAAUCCAUGUGGUUCACGAGGUGGAGCUUCUAUUGCCGGCGAAUAAACAUUUCACGGUAGGCAAGACGAUCACGGCACAGUUGAUUAUCAAGUCAAAUCGUAACUGGGAGCAACCGAAUUCUUCGAUGAACGGAGAGCUAGAGUUCUCUUAUGACAUCAUUGCUCCACAUGAUAAAUGGGCAAUUUCUGGAAAAAGAAGAUCGUUUUUUAAGCUGCAAGGCGAAGGCUCUAAGAUAACAUGCCAGCCUAUUAUUGACUGUUGUAUGAUUCCUCUAUUGCCUGGGAAGCUGCCGCUUCCGAGAAUAGAGGUUUCGGCGAUAAAUGUGCCUUCGUUGAAGGCCGAGGUUGACUUAAAAAAUGGGGCUCAAACGGUUCUUGUGAUUCCAGAGCUUGACCGAGCAAGCGUUUCAUUCUAA